AUGGAGGCCUUUCUCGGCUCGUGGAAAUUGGAAUCAAAUGAGGGUUUGGGUGAAUUGUUGGUGCGUAUGGGAGCGGGCAUAUUGGCCAGAACGACUAUGAACAAAACAAAACCUCUGAUGAUCAUUACCCGUGAAAAGGGCCCAGGCGACCCCGAGGAAGGGGAGGUAUUCUCGAUCAAAACCCAAUCGAAGAUCAAGAGUGCUGUGUGCACCUUCCGAAUGGGCUAUGCAUUCGAUGAAAUUACAAUGGAUGGACGCUCUGUACGCACAGUUUUCACAAUGGAUGGUGAGACGCUGAAACAAGAGCAGAAAGGGACAAAGACAACUCAUAUCACCUAUAGCAUUGAGAAAGAUACGCUAAGGAUGGUAAGUCAGAUUUAG